CCAUGAUGGGCUGCAUAGUACAUGGUAUAUAAUUGAGGCUUCCCAACAAGAUUCACCACAGAGUUUAAUUGGUCUUCAACCCCCCAGUACUUCUUUCUCUUCUCCGUCAUCUACUCCACAAACCCCAAGAAGAAACAAUGGAACACAGAAGCCUACCACCAUUAAUCUUCCUCUUAAUCUCUCCUCUUCUAAUUAUUUCCCUUUCAGGAUCUGCUCAAGCUUACAAGAACUACACCGUCGGUGACUCCUUGGGCUGGUACGACAACACUGAAAAGGCUAAUGUUAAUUAUCAGAAAUGGGCUGAUGCCAAGAACUUCAGUUUGGGAGAUUUCCUCAUUUUCAACACUGAUACAAACCAUUCAGUUGUGCAAACAUACAAUUUCACCACAUACAACCUUUGUGACUAUGACGACGCCCUAGACAGUGACACCAAAAUAUGGUCAGCGGCCGACCCCUCGAACACGGCAACAAUUGCCGUGACGAUAGCGGUACCUCUACUGAAAGAAGGAACUACUUAUUUCUUCUCGAGCGAUUAUGAUGGGGAUCAAUGCAACAAUGGGCAACGUUUUAAGAUGUAUGUCAGUCAUGGAAAAGGGUUGCCGGAUAGUUUGAAAAGUCCCUCGGAACAAGCGCCGGCUCCCAAUAGUCCGGAUUAUAAUAACGAUGAUUCAGCUCCUGAUAUAGUUGUGCCUUCCAAUUUCAAUAAUCCUGAAGAUGGUGAUCAUAAAGAUGAUGAUAAUGUUAAGAAGGCAUCUAGGUCUGUUUCUUUAUAUGCUAGGAAAGUUGAUAGUAUUAUGGUCUUGUUAGGGUUGGUUUGCAUAUUUGUUUGAAUUGCUUUGAUAGGUUUGGUUUUUUAAUUUUAAUUUAUUUAUAUUAUUAUUAUUGUUUGGGGUAUAUUGUAUGAUUUCUUGUAUACAUACUAGAGGAAAAUAAUAAGGGUAUGAUUUUCAUUGUUUAGUAAA